AAGAAAAAACAAAAGUAAGGCAACAAAGAGAAGAACUCAGAGUUAGAACCAUCUGCAAUGAACUCCCUGAAUUCCAACCUCUCUCUAAAUACUACUUCUGUGCGUCCCCCUUAUUUUUUCAUCACUGGUUUGAAUAACAUGACCCAUGCCAAAUACUACUAUGUUUUCCUGAGCUGUGUUUUUGUAGUAUCUGUGUUGGGGAACUCCUUUGUCAUUUUUAUUAUAUACACAGAGCGCAGUUUUCACACCCCAAAGUAUUUGGCCGUUUUUAAUUUGGCUGUAGCUGACUUGGGUGAAACUGCUGCUCUUAUCCCAAAUUUUAUUGCAAUGUUUCUUUUUGAUUCACAAUACAUCUCCUUUGACGCUUGCUUGGCCAACAUGUUUUUUGUGUUUUUCUUUGCCAGUUUGCAAGCACUCACUCUAACUGUUUUGGCCUAUGAUAGAUUGGUGGCAAUAUGCUUGCCACUGAGAUACCAUGCCAUUAUCACAAUGCGAGCAAUGGUUGUGAUAUUAACAGUGAUGUGGGCAUAUGAUUCAGUUUUACUGAUUUUAAUGGUGUCUUUGGUUACCAGGUUGUCCUUUUGCAAAUCCAUUGUAGUAAAAAGCUACUUCUGUGACCAUGCACCGAUAUUCUUUCUGGCAUGCAAUGACUAUCUUGUCAAUGCUAUCAUGGCAAUUGCUAAUAUAGCAUUAUUACUUUAUGUACCCUUUAUUUUGACUGUACUGUCAUAUGCGUUUAUUUCUGUUGCACUUUUUAAAAUAGCUUCAUGGGAAGGGCGACUUAAAGCAAUUAAGACUUGUUCUGCACACCUAAUGCUGGUGGCUUUAUAUUAUCUUCCAAUACUUGGCACCUACAUUGCUGCAAUUGCUUUUACUGUUCCUCCCAAUGCCAGGAUCAUGAGUACAUCAUUUGCAAAUGCCAUUACCCCCAUGUUGAACCCAAUCAUUUAUGUGCUGAACACUGAAGAGGUAAAGGAAGUCUCAAAAAAAAAAUUUCAUAGAAGAAAACAGCAGAAAUAAGCAAUCAAAAUACAGGAAAAGAAUGAAUUGA